AUGUCAAAUCGCCAACAGAUCGACUCCGUCAUCGACGAUGACGAUGAGUUCUGUCCCCUCUGCAUCGAAGAAUUCGACUUGUCCGACAAGAACUUCAAGCCGUGCCCCUGUGGGUACCAGAUUUGCCAAUUCUGCUACAACAAUAUCAAAACCCACAGCGAAGAGGGCCGCUGCCCCAACUGCCGACGCCCCUAUGAUGAGAGUACCAUUCAAUAUAAGGUCCCCGAUGCUGACGAAUUCAAAGCCGACCUCGCGUUGAAGCAUCGGAAGGCCGCCGCCGCGAAGAAGAAGGAAGCCGAGAAACGUGAAAUCGAGGCAUCGAGCCGCAAAAAUCUCGCCGGUGUCCGCGUCGUCCAGAAGAACCUUGUCUACGUGAUCGGCCUCAACCCCACAAUACGUGACGAGAGCCAGCUCCUUCAGACUUUGCGCGGCAGGGACUAUUUCGGCCAAUACGGUGACAUCGAGAAGAUCGUCGUGAGCAAGGCGAAGCCCGGCGGCAACCCCAACCAGGGCAUCGGCGUUUACGUCACCUAUGCGAGAAAGGGCGAUGCUGCAACGUGCAUAGCCGCGGUUGAUGGGUCGGCUAAUGCCGAUCGGGUGCUACGGGCCCAAUAUGGCACGACGAAAUACUGCUCCUCCUUCCUACGCAACGAACAGUGCCAUAAUCGGAACUGCACCUUCUUGCACGAAACUGGCGAGGACAGCGACAGCUACAGCCGACAGGAUCUCUCUUCGAUGAACACCCUCUCGAGUCAACGUGUCAACGGUACUCCCGCUCCCACGCCUGCGAUCCCUGUGCACGUUGCCCGCUCCUCGGCUCAACCCUUAUCGCAACCCAUGCGCCGCCAGCCGAGUAGGGACGAUGCUGCUGGUAGCCGGCCGCCCGACGGAUCUGCCCUACCAUCCUCGGCAAGUUGGGCGAACAAGGACGCUGUGCUUAGUCGGACAAGAAGGGCAAGUCUAACUGGAAGCCAAGCGUCACAGAGUCCUCGACCCGCAAUCGCCACGGUCGCACCGGUUGCACCGGUUGCAGAGGAAUUCAAGCGCAUAGAGAGACAGCCCAUCAACACGCCAGAACGCACACACGCUACGCCAGCACCCGAAGCUCGCCCCUCGCCGCCUCCCUCCCCUCCUACGGAACCCGCUCCUGCACCCGUUGCCGUCCAGACCCCGAUCAAGACACCGCCCAAGCCGGAGACGCCAUUGCUGGACAACCUGGUCAAGGCUGUCAAUUCCCCGGACUUCAAAUUCGUCUUCUCGGCGGCUGGUCUGCCUGCGGAAGAGGUUGCGCUUAUCGAGAAUCACCCCUCGUUCAUCGACCCUUACGGUGGUGUGAAACGCCGAGCCAUGCGCGAGAAGGCGGAACUGGAACGUGUGAGGCGAGAACAAGAGUUGCUGCAGUCCGCUUCGGUUGAAGAGGAGAGCCGUGAGAGCGGAAGCUUGCAACUGGGUGGUGAGCCGGAUGAUGUGAUGCCCCCGAGAGGCCGCCCUGGCCGCGAGUCUCACGGUGCCAUCCAGCCUCCGUCUCAGCAAGGCACGACGACUAACUCGGUGGUCGGGUCACCCGUGUCCGCGUCAAGUCACCAGUUCCAGCAACUCAACCUCGCCGGUCGCAGCCUAACCCCUCUGCAACAGCAGCAGUUGCUCCUCUUGAAGUCCGCCAACAACCAACAGGCCGGCCUGGUUGACCAGUUGCAGGGUGGAAUAAACUCCGCUGCCCUGGAUCAAGCUGCUCAGGUCCGUCAGGGUCUCCUCCAGAGCCAGAUGGCCCAGUUUAAUGCUUUGCAGGCGCAGAGUCGGCAGAACUCGCGGUUCUCGUUUGCCAAUGAGGCCAACUCGAAAAACAUCCCCAAUGUCCGGAUGUUGAGCCAACAGGCGUCUCUGAUGCAGUCCGGUACCCCCAACCCGCUCGCGGCGCCCAGUCCUCAGCACGGACUCGCUGGCAGCUACUUCACUAGCGGCGUGCAGGGACCACCCCCGGGGCUGAAGACGGCCGGCACCCCUCCUAUCAGCGGAGGUGGCAUGUUUGCCCAAGGGCACGGGUUUACCACGAACGCCAAUCUCGGCUUGGGCGCCAAUAUCGGAAAGCAAGAAGCCAACCCAGACUUGAUGCGUGAGCUGCUGCGAGGCCGCAGUGGUGCUAAUGCCGGUGGUUUGCAGGGUCAAGAGGCUGCUAAGCGUGAGUUCAUGUUUCCUUUCCUCCAGCAACACCAAACCCCUCCUCCCCUGACUCCCGCAAACGGCCUUCUCAGCUCUUUCUAUGGCACUCAAGCGGGGAACUUCUCCGAGUCUGGGCCACAGAAGCAGAAGAAGAAGGGGAAGAAGCACAGACACGCUAACACUUCCUCCGGUGGAGGCGGUGUAGCGAGGAUGCAUCAGGUCGGUGCGAAUACUGCUGCUGGGCAAGCGCUGUACGGGAGUCAGGGCCAAGUUGACGAAGAAUUCCCCCCUCUUGGGGCUCAGCCCAAGGACAAACGUCCUGUCGACAGCUUUGGCUAUCUCAUUCGCUCCCAUUUCCCUAGCGACUCGCAGGGCUCAGCUCGCUCCGGAACCCCGUCCCUGCCGCCAGGACUUCCUCUCCCGCACGCGCAUCCAGCAUCUUUGUUUCACAGUCCCCUCAACCCGUCUAGCCCAACCUCGUCUGUGUCUGUGCCCCCCGGCUUGAACCCCCCUUUCCCUGGCCUCGGAACUCCCUCACUAGGGUUCGACGAGAACCUCUCGCGUCAGCCCUCACCGGAACUGAAAGAUGAUGAUGUGACCAGCUCAAGCCGCAUCAAGAACGUCUCGGAAAUAUCUCUCGGGUCCCCUGUACCCAAGUCAGCCAGCAAAGCUCGUUCCCAGCAGAAAGGGGACCUAGCAGUUGCUUCUGACAAAAAGUCUGGUCGAUCUAAGGCUGGAGAUGUCGGCGAGAAAGCUGUAAAGACCAAGCCCAUGAAGCUUGAUCUCCCGCCUGGCAUACCUCAUCCGCAGGAAGCCUCCAGGAUGGAAUCAUCCGGCCAGACUAUUCCCGGUCAAGCCCCGAUCUCUGUUAUUGGAUCUCGCCCCAACACGCCUAUGACCGGUGUUUCGCGUGUGUCAGAUUCCUCAGCACCCCGCCAACCCAGAGUUCUGCGAGUGGUGGACACACCGAAGACCGAAACUCCGCCGCCUCCCUCCGCCGCUCCUUCGGUUGCUUCCUUGCCGGCUGCCUCGAAGGCCCGUUCGAGAAGGCAGAGCAUCUCUUCUUUGAGCAGACCGGACACCCCGGGCGACCUGGCAUCGGAGGGUGAUAUGUACACCUCGGCGUCGGUUUCCCGCGCCAACUCCCCUCCACCGUCGUCCCGAAUCGGCUCCGCUCCGGUCAGAUCUAUGACCAAGAGCCAGGCGAAGAAGGAGCGUCGGCAGAAGGCCAAGGAAGCUGAAGCCAAGAAAGAUCCUGUUGCGACUGUCCCCGAGGAGCCGGUGCAAGCGCCAAUUAUUGGAAGGAAGCGGAAGACUAAGAAGACACCAGCGAACACUACUGAGCCAUCGACCACGGGAGCCGAAAAUACUUCCGAGGCUGGAAAAUCGACACAGGCGGCUAGCUCUGAUCAAGAUAAGGUGGACCCACGCACUGAAGCGAGCAAGAAGAACAAGUCGACGCAGAAAGCCCCGAGGGACCCGAAACCCUCUCCUGUUGAGGAGAAACCGCCUGUGGAGCAGAAGCCUGCAGUAGAGGCGUGGCGCUCGAAGAAUACCGUCGAGCAGCUGGUUAAGGAUGCGGAAUCAGGCGUCGCUUCGGUCAAGGAGCUGUUCUCGGAACGGACAUCUCCCUUGCAGGUCCUGCUUGCCCAGCUUCACAGGUCUGGCAACUUGGAUCUGAACAACCAUCCGCUGUUCAACCCGUCCAACCUGAGCCAGCGGUUUGACAUGAAGUGCAACGCUGACGACUACGAUUUCUUGAAGCAGCCUAUCGAAUUGGCCGAUGAGCAUCGCAAAGCGCUACUGCGUGGCGAGGCAAUCCGGGUCAAUUCCGAUUCUGGCCUGCUGAAAGACCGAUGCCUGAUCAGUCCCCGCGGCUGCGUCCUGCAUCACCUGUCUCACGAGGAAGAAGACCGGUACCUGGCGCUUGAGAAGAACAUCGCCUUGGCGAUGGAUUCUUUCCAGGAGUACUCAUCUGUCCCCAUCACGGAACCGGACGUGACUAACCGUGGCGGGGGCCUCGAUGCGCUCUUCGCCACGCCCGAAAACUUCAAUAUCUGCUGGGUGGACGAGACCUCCGCCGGUCUCUCUUCUGGCUCGCCCUCCAUCAGUGUCGCCGAGCUUCUGAACCCCGGGUCCUCCUCGGGCAUCCCGGCCCCGCCCAACGUCCUCUCAGCCAUGGAGGCCGACAGCACUCGCAGCCACAACUGGGCCAUCGCCAACUCGGCAGAGCUGAUGAAUGCCACCCCAACCUCGGUGCGGUCCUUCGCCGCCGCCACCGCCAAGCACAUGCUGGGAGCCGCCGGCGUGGUGAUGGGCAACAUCCCCGACCUGGACGACGUGGUCGGAAUGACCGACGAAGAACUGCACACCUUUGCCGUCAAGUCCCAGAAAGACCUCGAGUCGUCGCGCAAGGAGCUGGACACCAUCGACAAGAAGCUCAACGCCCUGGUCAAGCGCAACCGCAAGCUCGCGCACCAGGCUUUGGCGACUACCGUGGAAGCAUGA